AUGAAUUCAACACGAGAAAAUUUUGAAAUACAACAGUGGCAUGCAUUAAAUAAUAGUGAAAUAACAAUUCCAAAGCAAGAAACUUCAGCACCAUUGGAUGAGGAUGGUUGGUUAUUUCGACCACCUGAAAAUGGUCACGUUAUUACCAGAGGUGCAAUGGUUAGCCGGAUCGUACAAUAUUAUGAGAUGUUUUUGGUAAACGUAUUUUUACUGGGUUUUAACGUACUAAAAAAUGCCAAAGCGGGAGUUUCCACUUCCACAUAUCGUAACGUUCUCUUUGAUGCGUGUGGGGAUCGUUUCAUAAUUCCACAAUUUGAUUUUUGUGCCGCGUCUCGAUUAUUUUGGGGUCUUAUCGCUGGAGCUGUUGCAUACUUUAUAUUCACCUCAAUCGUGGCAUUAGCAUUAUAUAUCGAAUUACGUAGAAAAGGUUUUCAUGCUUCAUUUACGGCAUUUUGGCAUUCCCCCGUUUUCUUAGUAUGUUUUUUUUAUUCGUCGAAACGGAGAGUGGAUAUUUUAAGUAUACCCAAUAAAUAUGUAAAAUUAGCAUCAUGGACACGUAGUCAAAUACAUCGAAUUUCAUUAGCAACUUAUUGUUUAAUAUGUUCGGUCUUGAUUUUUAUCUCAUUAACUCAUGGAACUGCGGAAAAAUCGAAAAUCGACGAUUACAAUCCAUAUUUAAUUCCCUACUAUUUAGCUCUCUAUAUAUUUUCCAAAACAUUACUUGAAAUGGUUCUCACCAUAAUUCAAGAUAAAGAUAUAAGGAAUAGACCAGAAAGAAUUGGAAGAUAUUAUGAGAAUAUCAAAAACAAAUAA